AUGCAUCGGCCCGAGCAUCCACCGGACUUUGUUCUCUAUUACAUUCACGGCGGCGGAUUUGUCAUGGGCUCGAGUUACUUUUAUCUCGAGUUCCUCAUGGUUUGGCAUCACCUACUCGUGGAAGCUGGGUUCAAGAACCCAGCAAUAUUUGCACUUGAAUACACCUUGGCGCCUGAUGAGGUAUACCCAAGGCAAGUUUUGGAGGCGUUAGAAGGCUACAGGCACGUUCUCCAAGUUGUCAAGGAUGCCUCAAAGGUCUGCGUCUCGGGCGAUUCAGCCGGUGGCGCAUUGAUCCUUAGCUUACUGCUUGAGUUGGGCGCCCAAGCAGAUAAUCAAGAGAGCAAGGGGGUCAAUGCCAGUGUCCGUGGUGGUCUCACCGAUCCCCAACCACCUCAUCUUGCUAUACCACGGAUGGCCACGCUCAUUUCGCCGUGGGUGACUCUCAUGUCGAAUUUGCAUUAUACUUCCAAGAGUGACUUUUUGGAUAAACGCACCUUGUGGAGAUACGCACAUGAAUAUGCAGGUGAGAACAUGGUUCAACAGCAGCCAGCAUCUCCAGGCAACUGUGUCGACGAUGGUUUGUGGAGGGCAGCCAGUCCAGAACGAGGCUACUUUAUCAUCUUUGGAGAGGAGGAAGUGUUUGCGCCUGAUAUUGAAGACUUCCUCAAGCGCCAAGCCAAAAUCGGCGUCGAGGUUGAAGGUCAGAAGUUUGACGGGGGAAUACACGCAUGGCCCGUGGCGUCAAUCUUUUUAUCGAGCACAGAAGAGAAGAGGUUACAAGGGCUGAGAACUGCUGUGAAGGAGAUUAGAAGACGAAUGCCUGAAUGGGGCACGUUGAACGGAGACAAGGUGUAG